AUCUGCUCAUUUAUAUUACUUAUAAUGAAGUACACACAUCCAUGUUAAAAUCCAAUUAAUCUAUGGUGUUCUUCUAAAAAGUAUUUUGUCUUAGAAAAAGAAAUACUAGAUGGAACUGUACUGCAGGACAAGGCUAUAAUGCACAUUGAUCAGCCACUUUGAAAUGUUGUAAAAUGAAUUGUAAAUAUAAAGUUUAUCAUUCACAAAUUCAGAUGCAGAUGGAAUGGAAGUUGGUGCAUAGUAGCCAAUUCGUGCCAAUGAUUGUUACACAGAGCAUUUCCUGCAGAAGUGGAUUAUUUUCUGGUUGAGGUCUCUUGGCAAGAAUUAUAUAUCAGACAGUGACUGAUCACUCUGACUUCUUUGGAGAAUACUAGAAUGCGAUAGAAAACAUAUUUUAGCAAGGUCCACAUUCUUUCACACAGAGAAAGGCUUUCUGCAAUAUGCAUGGAGAUGACGAUAGGUAUGAAACUAUUGUUUGUUAAUUGGCAUUAUUAAUAUUGUGCACAAUCUCCACACAAUAAUUGAAAAGAACAUAUUUAUCAAGAGCCCAUAAUACAACAGAGCUCAUAUAUACAAAAAGGAGUAAUUCUGCUUUCCAAGCAACAGCUCCUUUUUAGUUUGGGAUUUCCUUAGUCUUCUCCCUUGGAUAUUAUAAGACAAUCCAGCAGAUAUAUUGCUAUAAAGUUUUCCCUCUUUUUUUAUUCUAUUAGAGGGAAAUAAACAAUGCAGACAAAUCAAACCAUUGUGACUGAGUUCAUCCUUGUUGGAUUCAUGGACCACCCAGAGCUUCAGAUCCCCCUCUUCAUGUUCUUUCUGCUCAUCUAUCUCAUCACAUUGGUGGGAAACAUGGGGAUAAUCAUUCUAACAAAAAUUGAUGUUAGGCUUCACACCCCCAUGUACUUUUUUCUUAGAAAUCUCUCAAUUGUAGAUGUUGGUUAUUCUACUGCCAUUGCCCCCAAAUUGUUGACAACAUUUGUGAUAGAACAUUCAACAAUUUCCUUCAUAGGAUGCACCACACAAUUCUUCUUUUUUGCCGUCUUUGUGACCAUUGAAGGUUGUCUUCUGGCUGUGAUGGCGUAUGAUCGCUUCACAGCAAUAUGCAACCCAUUGCUAUAUUUUGUUAUUAUGUCAAAGAAGUGUUGCAUCUUCUUAGUUAUAAUUGUAUAUGCCUGUGGCUUUGCAAGUUCAACAGUCCAGACCAUAUUUAUUUUUAAUUUAAAUUUCUGCAACUCAAAUACUAUUAAUCAUUUUUUCUGUGAUGCUCCUCCAAUGCUCCAGUUGUCCUGUUCAGAUACCCACAUUGCUCACUUUGUGCAUUUUAUUUUAUCCACUGCAAUUACACUGACAACUUUUCUGGCUGUUUUGAUUUCCUACAUUGCCAUUGUUAUUGCCAUCCUGAAGAUCAGCUCUGCCCAGGGAAGAUACAAAGCCUUCUCCACUUGUGCCUCCCAUCUCACCACUGUGUCAAUUUUCUUUGGAACCAUCAUCUUCAUGUACAUACGACCUGGCUCCAAUUUCUCAUUGGAGGAAGAUAAAAUCAUAUCCGUCUUUUAUACACUUGUCAUCUCCUCACUUAAUCCACUUAUCUACAGCCUACGUAACAGGGAGGUAAAGGAUGCUCUUAGCAAAAUGCUAAACAAAAUAAUAUUCCUCAAGUAAAAAAUGGUAUAAAUAUUAUUUCCUUCAUGUUAAAAAAGAAAGCAUAGUUGCAUUUCUCUGUGAAAAAUGCUACUAAAUGCUUAACAGUGUUUUGAACAGAUGGGAAAAUAUCUGAAAUUAUAUAUAGGUUACUCAAAAGAAUAAAUGAAAAUUUAAAAAAGACAAUAUGUUUUUAAAUAGAUCAAAAGAAGAAUAAUUGUUUUUUAUUAAUCAAAACAAAUAAAAUUAUGUUUGAAUGUUUUUCCUGUGUAAAUGCAUGUACAGUAUAGACAGAAACAUUAAAGUGCAAAAGAAAUUAUGAAAGUCAACCAUUUGAUCAUAUAACACAGUGGUUCUCAACCUGUGGGUCGGGACCCCAUUUGGGGUCAAACGACCAUUUCACGGGGGUCGCUAAACCACACUAUCCGCCACUUUUUCCCUUUUCCCUAGCUGUCCUACUCUCUCUUAUUGGUGGCCACACCCACUUGGGGGUCACCACAACAUGGGGAACUGUAUUAUGGGGUCACGGCAUUAGAAAGGUUGAGAACCACUGAUAUAACAAAAUUUAGAUACAAUGUGUUUCCAUGUAAUUCAGAUUUAAAAUUCCUAAUUAGUUUAUGGCACUGAAGUGGAUGGAACUUAUAGAAUGUUUAUAUCAGGUAUUGGUACAAUGCAACAUGUAUGUUCAGUGUCGCUUAAUUGCUCUCAGUUAAACUGCUUCAGUCAAUUUUAGCAACAUUCUUUCAGAAUACUUUAUAAUG